AUGCAUGGGAAGACGUCAAACACAAAACAACACACCAAAAUAAAGGAAAGGCUCCCCUACGAGUACAUUUAUUUGGUCGUGAGGGCAAGCGGAUCGGCGAGAUUGCAUGAGCGUUACCUCCCCGAUGCAAUGGGCAUAAUGAGAAUGAACAGACGGCUGCGUUUUUGAAAUCGCGCUAAACAUUUGAGGAAUUGUGUCAAUAAGACACUUGAAACACCCACGGUGAGAGCCUUCUUAAUCAAAUAAUUUUCAAUCAGCCUCGGACUUACCGCUGAUUGCAUCUUCGAAAACGCACUUCUCACUGCCGCUCGACAUUUACUUCCGAAUUUUCAGGUUUUUGCUUGGGUUCCUCUGCUUCAUCGCGCUCUGCAACGCCUACGAGUCGAGUGGAGAAGAAGACCUCCCACACAAAAAAAGUAUGAAUAAUAGAAAUAAUUAAUCAUCUUAAUUAGUAAGACUCUCUCAAGAUGAAGUCCAUGUGGGCUGUUUUGAACUUUUAUUCGGAACUGAUCUAAAGAGCGAAUUUCCAAAGUUUUGUUGGACAAACAAUAUUACAGUACAUCUCUUCAACUGGAACCACCAUGACCUGGAUACCCUAGCUUUUGACCCAAUGGGAGCCGCCGCCCGCAACUCGAUUGGAGUGACCGAUGUAAGAAACCUACUUCAAGUUGGACUUUCAGAUUAUUUUAAAUCUAAGAAACUUGUAGUUCAUUAUCAAAUAUUACAGGAGGAUCACUGCCCAGACGGCUGGAUUCGGUUCUCCAAGUCGUGCUACUACAUCGAACAAGAGAUGAUGGGAUUUGCCAAGGCUGAGAAACGAUGCUUCGAAAAGGACGCAACUUUGUUCGUUGCCAAUUCGCUCGAUGAAUGGGUAAGAUGCGCCGAAAAUUGCACAAAUUCAUGAAUUUUUGUGCAGGAUGCCAUCCGUCACCACACUCCCAAGGCCUUCUUUGCCUGGAUCGGACUUGUUCGAUUCUCGUCCUAUGAAAAAUCUGAGGCUCUUCCCCGCUGGCAGACCGAGGGUGGCAUCAACCCUGCUAAACUGUACGUUCCAGGAACUUCAGCAUUUUUUCCAAAACGGGAUCGCGGUCAUUUCUAAUUUAAACUUUUUAGAAGAAAAAAAGCUUGAAAUUAAAUAGAAAGAAAGGAGAAUAGAAAGCAAGUAUAGAAACACGAUAGAAAAAAAUUCAAAAAAACUUUUCAACUUCUUUUGUUUUUUUUAAACACGUUUGGGAAGUUUUGUUGUGAAAAACAUAAAAAGAGAGCGACUAAAAAAAUAUCAGUAGAAAAAGCGGUAUACAGCCCAAUUUUGAUUCGUUUGAAGGUGCGUGAUUUUUUGAAAGAUUCAUACUUUUGAAUCUUCUGCUUAGAGAGUUUGUAAAUAAAUUAGUUCAAAAAAAAAAAAUUACCUAUCGAUAACUUGAAUUUUCAAUUUUUUUAGAAAGUUAAGACGGAAAUUUUUUUCCAAAAAUAUGUUUAAAUAAUAGUUUUUUUUAAUUUUUUUAAUCGAGUUCCUUGACGAGCAUUCAACUGUAAACUGUGCCUAGCCCCUAGCCCACAUAAACAGCCUAUGAUUUUUUUUUUGGUUUCGAUUUGAACCUUUAUUGAAGAAAAAAAAAGUCCCAAGAUGUACUAAAAAGCUGAAUGGAGACGGACAUCAUAUUCUGGAAUCUUGAUAUAAACUGUUGACCCGCUGUUUAUACUUGAAAAUUAAAAUGUCUAACUUUCUUUAAAAAAAAACCCAGUUAACAUCCAAAGUAUAUAUAAUAGAAGGAACUGAAUUUGCUUUGUCAACACUUUUAACAAAAUUCCAAUAAGUUAAAAACCAUUAUGAAAUUCGAUUUCAUGAAAAUACAUCAUGUUAAACUGGAAUAAGCUUAUUUUUCAAAAGAAGUAGAAAUUGAAAAAUGACUGAUCAAGAUAUCUUUUCCAGGAAUUGGGUUAUCCGUCCGUACAGCCCGAUGCCCAACGGCUGGUCUUCUGUGUCCAACUGCGCCGCCAGUUACAACGCCGCCGUCGCCAUCGACUCGGCUUCGUACGUCUACUACUACCCGUGCGUCUCCAGCUUCCACUCGAUCUGCGAACGCAACGCCACGCUCAUCGACCUUGCCCGAAACAACGCUCAGUUCGUUUGA